AUUUACUUUCACACUCAGUAGCUUCGCUGGAUGCUUGAAUUGCCAGCUAUUUAUUAUAUUGUAAGCAGACAAUUAGGAGAAGAGGAUAGUAGGAAGGUCUACAGUCAGUAGUAGUAGUAGGUGGUGGGCCCUAAUCGUACAGCAUCUGUUUGAAGGAUUUCUUUCCGCUGACCCAAUCUAAACCCUAGUAUAGGUACUGGACCACCUGUGGACAGGGUACAGUGUUGUCUCCCCUUAUUUUCGCUCUAAGGUGGUCUGAUUGGAUACACCGCUGCCCGGUGUUGCCAUGGCGAUGCGGGAGCUGGUGGAGGGGGAGUGCGGGGGAGCCAAUCCCCUCAUGAAGCUGACGGGUCACAUGACCCAGGAGGGAGGUGCUUGGAGGCACAGGUCAACACCAACUAUUCCCCCUACACCCAUUGAAAUUGCAACAGAAGAAGAGUUGGUGAAUGAGUUCAUGCAGCAGGCGCCUCCACGGCCCCCUCACAGCUUUGACAUGGGCCAGUUACUGGAGGAAAUGCAGCAGAUCGAUCAGCAGAGCUACAGACAGGCUCCACAGAAAGCUCCGGGUGUGGCCGCGUUGGCCCUGUCUGGUGAUUGGACGUCUGAGUUUCUGUCGGGAGCAGACGCCGCCACCGCCUCUUCAGGGCAGGCGGGACUUGGAGACCCGGCUGACGCUGAUUGGACCAGAGAGUUCAUCACGGAUGGCACAGAUCCCGGGCGUUGGGCAGAGGAGUAUCUGGAACAGUCAGAGGAGAAGCUAUGGCUCGGAGACCUGGGAGAGAGGGAGCAAGAAUGGACGAAAGAGUACCUACCAGGAGACGAACUGAAGCAAACAGCCAAUGAGCUGGUCGCAAAGGUCAAUGACCCCAAGUUACAGAACACUGAGUUCCUGCGGUUCAUUAGGCAGAUUGGCGAGGGCAGUGUCACAGUGGAGGACAGAGCAGGCAAACAGCACACAGAUAGAGCUCAGGCCAAGGAGGCUCAGAACUGGGCCUCCAACCUCAACCAGGUCUCAGUGGAGUCAGCGGAAUCAUGGGUAGAUGAGUUCGCCACAGCAGGUCCAGAUUUCCAGCAAGCUAAAGCUGCUGUGGAGAGCGACGUGGACUUCUGGGAGAAGCUGCAGCAGGAGUGGGAGGAGAUGGCCAAGAGAGAUGCAGAAAGUCACCCCUGGCUCUCCGAUUUUGACCAGAUGCUCAGCAGCUCCUACGACAAGGGGUACCAGUUUGAGGAGGACAACCCAUACCUAUCCCACCAGGACCCCCUUGCUGAGGGGGUGAGGAGGAUGGAGGCAGGGGACAUCCCUGGGGCCGUGCGUCUGUUUGAGAGCGCCGUACAGAGAGAACCAGACAACCAGCUGGCAUGGCAAUAUCUGGGAACCUGUCAGGCAGAGAAUGAACAAGAGUUUGCAGCCAUCAGUGCCCUCCGCAGAUGCAUAGAGUUGAAGAAGGACAACCUGACCGCUCUGAUGGCACUGGCCGUCAGUUUCACCAACGAAUCGCUGCACAGGCAGGCCUGUGAGACCCUUCGCGAUUGGCUGAGGCACAACCCCGCGUACCGGCCAGUCCUGGAGCAGAGUGAACGGGAGCGUGAGAAGGACGGAGGGACCAGAGAGAGGGAGAGAUUUGGCUCACUGCUGCCGGAAUCUUUGUUUACCGAGGUGCAGUCCCUGUUCCUCAGUGCGGCGAACUCUGACCCCGCCCGCGUCGACCCCCAGCUACAGUGUGGCCUGGGAGUCCUCUUCAAUCUGAGCGGGGAGUAUGACAAGGCCGUGGACUGUUUCACCGCAGCCCUCUCCGUCACACCACAGGACUAUCUGCUGUGGAAUAAACUGGGCGCCACGCUUGCCAAUGGAAGCCGCUCAGAGGAGGCUGUUGCCGCCUAUAGGAGGGCGCUUGAACUGCAGCCAGGCUUCAUCCGCAGUCGGUACAACCUGGGAAUCAGCUGCGUCAACCUAGGAGCCCACAGAGAGGCCGUGGAGCACUUCCUGGAAGCCCUGUCCCUGCAGCGUCAGGCGUCGGGGGAGGGCGAGAAGGUCAGUGCCAGCCAGGGCCCGGGGAGCACCGCAGCCACCAUGAUGUCCGACAACAUCUGGUCCACCCUGCGCAUGGCCUUAAGCAUGAUGGGAGAGAGCUCGCUAUACGCGGCGGCCGACCGGCGAGACCUCGACACGUUGCUCUCCUACUUCUGUCAGAGGGGGGGGGAAGCGGGGGGGGAAUGA